CGCGUCGGGGGCGCCCAGAAGGCGCUGCCGGGGCUGCGAUUGCGAAGCGUCUGCUCGUGGCUCGCCCCACCUGGCUGCUCGUUCACCGGCUGCCGCGAGCAUGCCAAAGCCUGAAAGGGAGUUGCUAUGCCUUUUAACAUUCCAAGCAGGAAAAGCCCACAGACUAAGUGGUGAAGAGCGAGAACAGCUGUUGCCAAACCUCCGAGCUGUGGGAUGGAAUGAGGUGGAAGGCAGAGAUGCCAUUUACAAAGAGUUCCAUUUCAAGGACUUCAAUCGGGCCUUUGGAUUUAUGACCAGAGUAGCGCUACAGGCAGAAAAACUGGACCACCACCCGGAAUGGUUUAAUGUUUACAACAAGGUCCACAUCACCUUGAGCACACACGAGUGUGCUGGCUUAUCUGAGCGGGACAUCAACUUGGCCAGUUUCAUAGAGCAAGUUGCCAACACGUUAGGCUAAAAACACCCGUGCAGUUUUUUGUUCCCUCCUCUUCCUUCUGUCUGCAAAGGCAGUUCCUGGGCAGACACAGACCUUCCCCCAGCAAAAGACAUCAUGAGAUUUUUAACCCAGCCUCGAUGUUUUAUGCCGUUACGGAACGAGCCCAUCUAAGCAUAGCCAUCGUCUUCACUUGUGGUACACUUAUGAUUUCACACUGGUAUAGCAGCUGGUGCUCUGCAAGUCAUUGCGUUGUUACCUUUUGUCAAAACUGUCUUAUGGCAAAAUACAGCAUCUCAGUGUUGUUACUCCGUAGUCUUUGUUCAGGCAGUAUUAUACCAGCACAGUGAAAGGCUACUUGUAGUGCAGUCAAGUUGUAUGCAAUCUAUAAAAGUGAUUUACAAUAU